CUAUCGGGGAUCCAUGGGCUCGUGUGAUGAGCUAAGGAUGCAUGCUCAAAUUCAAGCCAUGGGAAGGGACAUUGUUAUGGAAGAAAGCCCUACAGAGCCUGGUAAGCGUAGUAGGCUAUGGUCUCAUGAUGAAAUCUCGGAAGUAUUAGAAGAGAACAAGGGAACUCAAAUGAUUGAAGGCAUCCUUCUAUUCUCAAGUCAAACAUUUCCGAGUGUUAGCAUACAUAGGAAGGACUUUGAAAUGAUGUCCAACCUAAGAUUCCUCUAUAUUGAUGAAGCACACUAUAAUGGAGACUUUCUGCAUCUUCCUUCUAGCUUAAGGUGGUUCAGUUGGAGAUACCCUUUGGAAAUUCUACCAACCAAUUUUUAUCACAAGAAAAUAGUCCAUAUGGACCUAUCAAGAAGCCAUUUUAGACAUGCUUGGAUGAACAAGCCUCAGAAUGAAAAACAGUUGUUCCAAAAGUUGAAAGUUCUCCAUCUCCGGCAUUGUUAUCAUCUAUAUGAAUCCCCAGACUUUUCAUGGUUUCCUUACUUAGAGACACUAGAUCUUAUAUGGUGCAAAAACAUGGUUAAGUUACACAAAUCCAUUGGUGAUCUAAAAUCUCUGGUUGUGCUUUACUUGGAUGAGACAAAAAUUGAAGAACUUCCAAACGAUAUUUGCAAGUUGAGUUCUCUCAAAUCCCUUACUCUCUCUCAGUGCUCGUCACUCAAAAACUUGCCUGAGUCAAUUGGUGAUUUAAAAUCUUUGGAUCAACUUUUGUUGGAUGGGACAAAAAUUGAAGAACUCCCAAACAGUAUUUGCAAGUUGAGUUCUCUCAAACGUCUAACACUCAGAUCCUGCUCAUCACUCAAAACUUUUCCUGCUUCAAUUGGUGAUAUAAAAUCUCUAGUUCAACUUUCAUUGGAUGGGACAAAAAUUGAAGAACUCCCAUACAGUAUUUGCAGUCUGACUUCUCUCAAAUCUCUAUCACUCAAAUUGUGCUCAUCACUAAAAAAAUUGCCUGAGACAAUUGGUGAUUUAACAUCUCUGGUUGAGCUUUGGUUAUGUGGGACAAAAAUUGAAGAACUCCCAAAUAGUACUUGCAGGUUGAGUUCUCUCGAAAGGCUUGAUCUCGAUGGAUGCGAGUUACUAAACUUGUUGCCUGAGUCCAUUGGUGGUCUAAACUCUUUGGUUGAACUUUCUUUGGACCGGACAAAAAUUGAAGAAUUGCCUAAUGGUGUUGGGUUGUUGGAGAAACUAAAGGUAUUAAGUAUUAUGGGUUGUGAAAACCUAGUCAAGCUACCAAUAUCUGGGGGGAGAAUGAGAUGUUUGCGUAUCAUUAACCUGAUAGGAACAAAAAUUUUACUAUCACCAGAUGAAUUUCUAAUGCUCCAUAGUUUAGUGGAGUUAAGAAUAGGGAACAAGUUUGAAUCUUCACUCCCAUCCUGGGUUAGUGGUCUUCCACAGCUUCAAAAGGUACUAUUGCAAGGAUACACAAUGCUUGAGUCAGUCCCAAAGCUUCCCUUGACUUUAACCACCUUGGGUGUUGUAGAUUGCCUUUCAUUACAGAAACUUCCAGAUUUGUCAAGCCUUAAAAUUUUGAGGAAUUUAAGCCUUCGUUAUUGUGAAAAGUUGGAGGAGAUUCGAGGGCUUGAGGGAACAGAAUCCUUGGAAGAUUUGUAUGUGUAUGAUUGCGACACAAUAACAGAUACUCCAUGGAAGAUAAAUGGCCAGGGAAAACUUCUUGUUGAUGGGUUACGGAGAAAUGAUUCCUUGAAAGUUAAUGAUGGGAUAUAUAAAGGGCUAAUUUUGUGCCUCGUUUUUGCCUUCACCUUCCACGAACAACACGUACAAGAGAAUCUGCAAGAGGGUGAGCUAGUAAACAUUCAGCUACAUCUUGAAGCUUCAAUUCGUCAAAAAGAUAGAAGGACUACCUGUUGUAAUAUUGGUCUUCUAAUAAAGGGUAUUGAAUUUACGACGAAGCGAGAUCUAAUGUACAUUCACCAUUUCAAAGGGUUUGAUUGGUUUGGGCUUCCAUUGAAAGGAAGAGAUAAAAUUGAGGGAAUAAGAAUUGAGGCUGAGCUAGUAAGAAAAGGCUACCAACAUAGGGAUUUCAUCAAUUGUGAAGCGAAAUUCUGGAAGCUCUUGUUGGAAAGCACAGAAUCUGAGCAGCAAAUGCCUGACCAAGAAUCUAGUGCAAGGAUGGUAGCAGAUUUCUUCAAGUGGUGGUCAUAUGGUGAUGAUAGAAGGUCUCCUUCUAAUAUUGAAGGGGUUUGCAUAGUUUCUGUCCCCUCUUCAUAUGAUGAUGGUGAAUCUUCAUGUGAUGAGGAUGAAGGGUCCCUGUUUGCCGGGCAGAAAAAUCAGUUUUUUGUUCAACCACUUGGACGUGAUGUGAUAGUCAAGGCUACCGCCAUCUUGAAACCCACUAAGACUGCUACUAUUGUUGUUGUUGCCUCCACUAGUAGAAACGAGGCUUCUUUUGGAUCUCCUCCUGUGGCUACUUCUCAUUGUGCUAGUGGUACUGCUGCUCCGAUUAUGUCCUCUGCUAUGCCAUCAUACUCUCACAAGGUUCCAGAUGCCUUCUUGUUGGUUCCCUGGUAUCAAUACGACGAUUUGUUGGGGAUGGUGGCUAGCCUCAAGGAGAUAGUGGAGUCUCUCAGUGAGGGGUGGCCCAACUGGUACUGGGUGAGAGGAAAGACAGAAGUAGGUUUACAUGGGGUGAGGAAAGAGGCUUCAAGUUCUUCAAUCUCUAAGUGCUCUAGAGAGGCUGAUGAGGACGAUGGUGGAGAAAUCGAUGAUCCUUCCAUCUUGAAGGCAAGGAUUGCAAAGUUACAGAAGAAGGUGGAUGACUUGAGUCGUCGCUCAGGUUUUUAG